AUGGCCUCUCCAAAGCUUAGUGACCCUUCACUCAUCAAGAACGCAUGCUAUGUCAAUGGACAAUGGGUAGCUGCAAAGUCCGGCAAGGACUUUUCUGUCGAGAACCCUGCAACCCUUGAAAAGCUCGGAAGCUGCCCCGAGUUUGACGCAAAUGAUACCGAAGCCGCUAUCGUCGCCGCCGAUGCCGCAUACAAAACAUACCGCAAGACACCUGCACGACAGCGAGCCCGGUACCUACGCCGCUGGUAUGACCUCAUGAUGGAAAAUGCCGACGACAUUGCGCGACUCAUCACUCUUGAGAACGGCAAAGUUUGGUCGGAUGCCAAGACAGAGGCUGUGUACGCUGCAAACUUCUUUGAAUGGUUCUCAGAAGAGGCUCCUCGAAUUUAUGGCGAAACUAUCGAGGCAUCAAACCCAUCAUGCCGUCUAUCAACAAUUAAGCAGCCUGUGGGUGUUUGCGGUCUCAUUGCGCCAUGGAACUUCCCCGCCGCCAUGAUUACCCGCAAAGCUGGACCUGCGUUGGCUGCUGGAUGUACCGUUGUUAUCAAGGCUCCUGCUGAGGCCCCUCUCACAGCCCUCGCACUCGCUGAACUGGCGCACCGUGCUGGUAUCCCUGCCGGCGUUGUUAACAUUAUUACUGCGCUGGACAACACUGCUGAGGUUGGUAAAGUCUUGACGACCCAUUCCAAGGUCAAGAAGGUUUCCUUUACCGGCUCAACUGGUGUUGGUCGACUCCUUAUGAACCAGUCUUCCUCAACGGUCAAGAAGCUGUCCUUUGAGCUUGGCGGAAACGCUCCAUUUAUUGUGUUUGAGGAUGCGGAUCUGGAAAAGGCUGUCAAGGGUAUUAUCGCCUCCAAGUUCCGAAACUCUGGUCAGACCUGCGUUUGCGCCAACCGUAUCUUUGUGCAUCGCAGUAUUUAUGACAAAUUCGUCCAGAUGGUCCUCGACGUCGUCAAGACCUUCGUUGUUGGAGACGGUUUCGGCGAGAAAACAACUCACGGUCCUCUUAUCCAUGGCCGUGCAGUAGCCAAGACUGCUGAGCAUGUUGAAGAUGCUAUUUCCAAAGGAGCCAAGCUUGUCCACGGUGGCGAGCGUCUACCGGAUCUUGGACCCAACUUUUUCGGCAUGACGAUGUUAACCGACAUGACGACUGACAUGAAGAUCUUCAGUGACGAGACUUUUGGUCCAGUGGCCGCUUUCUUCGCAUUUGAUACUGAGGAGGAGGUUAUCGAGCUUGCCAAUGACAGUGACGUUGGUCUAGGAGGCUACUUCUUCAGUGAGAACGUGAGCCGAUGUUAUCGGGUGGCCGAGGCUUUGGAGGUCGGUAUGAUUGGUGUCAACUGCGGUGUACUCAGCGAUCCUGCCGCACCUUUCGGUGGCAUCAAGCAGAGUGGAUUCGGAAGAGAAGGAAGCAAGUACGGCAUUGAUGAGUUUACAAUUACCAAGAUGGUUAUGACAAACAUUGAUCCAUAA